AUGCCUCAACAGCGGUUUAAUAAAUCCUUAACUUUAUUUAUUCUCUUAAUAUUUUUAUUGAAUGUAAAAUCGGAGAGACAAACAAUUUUAGCUUACAGAGCACCGGGAGAAUGUGAUGUUAAUGAUCCUUUGAGUUGUAGUCGGCAAAAACACGAAGUUUGUUCCUUCCUCGAUGGUGUCUAUAAAUGUACUUGUGCAAGUAGUUAUUCUAGAUUACCAGAUGGACGUUGUUUAGCUAUAGAUGAAUGUAGCGAUCCAAAACUUAAUGAAUGUUCAACAGAUGCUAUUUGUAAAGAUCUUCCGGAAGGAUAUUCUUGUCAUUGUAAACCUGGAUUUGCCGAUGUAUCUAAACGGGGGAGACCAGGAAGUGUAUGCCGAAAGGAGCAAAAUGAGUGUCAGAGCCCUCAUACUUAUGGUGUCGAUUGUGAUACAAAUGCUGCAUGUACCGACACAAGUGGCAGUUACGAAUGUCGUUGCAAUCCUGGAUAUUCAGACGUAUCUGAAACUUAUGCAUUACUUCCUGGCCGUAAAUGUAUACAAACUAUUAAUGAAUGUGAAGACAAAACAAAAAAUGAUUGUAGUGAAAAUGCUAUUUGCACAGAUGCAAAAGAUGGUUAUACAUGUGCAUGCAAGAAAGGGUAUGUUGAUGCAUCUACAAAUGUUGCAAAAUACCCUGGGCGUACUUGCAACAAAGCAGUACAGGAAGAACAACAUUAUAUUACUAAUAUUAAACAAUGUGGGGGUUCACAUCACUGUCCAAAUGGACAGAUUUGCGUGGAUGAUUACUGUAAAUGUCCGGAAGGAUCUGUUUUGGUUGGAGGGGGUUGUAAACUUACUGCAGCUUGUCAAGUUGAUCCCGAAUGUGACAAAAAUGCUUUAUGUAUUAAUGUUCUCGGUUCAUAUACUUGUCAAUGUAAACCGGGGUAUUUUGACGUUGAUCCAGUAACACCUGGACGUGAAUGCAAAGAAUUAACAAAUGAAUGUGUUGAUCGUCAUGAAUGUUCACCAUAUGCAAAAUGUAUAGACAACAAGGACGGAUAUGAAUGUGAAUGUAAUGAUGUGUACACUGAUGUUUCACAUCAAUUCGGGUUGAAGCCUGGAAGGAAAUGUGUAAAUACAAGCAACGAAUGUGCUGAUCGUUCUCUUAACACUUGUGAUGAGAGUGCUGAUUGUAUUGACACACCACAAGGAUAUACUUGUCAAUGCUUUAGCGGUUAUAUUGAUGUUUCUGUAUCUGCACAUUUACCUCCUGGAAGAGUUUGCACUGUUGAAACUAGCUGUCCAAAACAAAAAACUGAUCUAAUAUUUUUGAUUGACGGUUCUGGGUCAAUUGGUUCUCAAGUGAGAGAAAAUAUUUCAUAUAGAGAAACUAUUUUAUAUACUAAGUUAUACCCCGGUAAGGUACAAUAUUUUGGCCCUAAGUGUUUCUUAUAG